GCGAUACAUUUUUUUUAAAUCCCAUUAGAAGCGCAUCGGAAGAACAAACCAAUCCAGAGGAGAGGAAGACCCACAGAUAGAGAUAGGCGGCGGAAUAGACGGGGAUUCGGCGGAGCCGCGAGGAGAGAUUCCCUUUCCCUUGCGGUUAACCAGAACGGUUUCGAUUAUAUAUACGUUUAUUUCACUAAACUUUCGCCAAGAAACUGCGAUUUAGACUGCCCUUCUCCCGUCGUCACUUAGUCAAACCACGAGCUCAGCUUCAUUGUUCCUGUGGAUGUAUCUUGUCGUCAUUCAAGAAGAAGAUUGGCUUGUGAAUUGGCCCGAUUCCUUUCUGGGUAUUCUCAGGCCGCCUUGUCUGUCUGUUGAGAGAAAGGCCUUCUCACAUUGUGUUUCAAGAGAUAGAUGGGAUAAAGAAUUCUUCAAGCUUCAGAGCGGAUAAUAUCAAUUUGUUGGUGUGAGAUCGCUUUUUGAAGUUGUUUUGGUUUCGAGCAGUUGUAAGGUUUUCGCUUAUCCAAAAUGAAUCCGUCUCAAGGGUCUACCUUGUCCGCAAACGUUGCGGGGUUUGUUGACGGCUCCUCUGCAAAAAGAGAAGUCUCAUACAUUGACAAUCUACCUGUUUAUGUUAAAGAGCUGAUAGCUGGUGGUGCUGCCGGUGCCUUUGCUAAGACUGCUGUUGCACCCUUGGAACGAACUAAGAUACUCUUGCAGACGAGAACUGAGGGAUUUCGGUCUCUUGGAGUAUUUCAAUCUAUGAAGAAGGUGGUGAAGCAUGAAGGUGUUCGUGGUUUCUAUAAGGGAAAUGGAGCAAGCGUUGCUCGGAUUAUUCCUUAUGCAGCUCUUCAUUUCAUGACGUAUGAGCAGUAUCGUUGUUGGAUCUUGAAUAAUUAUCCAAGCUUAGGAACUGGGCCUCAUAUUGAUCUUCUAGCUGGUUCAGUAGCUGGAGGAACAGCUGUUUUAUGCACAUAUCCCUUGGACCUGGCACGAACAAAACUGGCUUACCAGAUUACUGACACAAGAACGAGGAGCGGUUUGGGAAGUUAUCAUACUCGCCCUGUGUACAAUGGCAUCAAGGACGUUCUAAUGAGUGUUUAUAAAGCUGGUGGAGUACGUGCACUCUAUCGCGGUGUAGGUCCAACCCUUACAGGAAUCCUUCCUUAUGCUGGUUUGAAAUUCUACAUUUAUGAAAAACUGAAAAGUCACGUUCCUGAGGAGCAUCAGAGAUCCAUCGUGAUGCGACUUUCUUGUGGGGCUCUGGCUGGAUUAUUGGGGCAGACAUUCACAUAUCCGCUGGACGUCGUUAGAAGGCAAAUGCAGGUUGGAGAUAUGCCAUCUUCACUUCAUGGUCAAGUCAGAUUUAGAAACUCAAUCGAAGGUCUAACGAUGAUAGUUCGUAACCAAGGAUGGCGGCAGUUGUUUGCAGGACUGAGCAUUAACUACAUUAAGAUUGUUCCUUCUGUGGCCAUUGGAUUUACAGCAUAUGAUAGCAUGAAAUUAUGGCUCCGAAUCCCACCUCGUCAGAAGACGCAGUCAAUAUCUUCUGCUGCAUAAACCAAUUCCUCUCCUAUGCCGACACUGUCUUUAGAUUCUAGACUCUGCCUUUUAAUUUAAAUAUGUAGCUUUCAUUCAUCUGUGUCUGCUUGAAUCUAUGGCUAGACAUGCUUUUCCUUCACUCCCUACUUUUUGGGAACUAACAAUGAAAGAACUUUUAUGAUUAGACUAUAUUUGCUGUUGCUA